AUGAAAAUAUCUACAAUAAAACAAGCUGAGCAGGAGGAUUCCAGCUAUUUGAGAAAGAUCAGGAAGCCGCUGGUGGAGAAGCAGCGACGGGAGCGCAUGAACCACAGCAUCGACAAACUGAAGCGGCUAAUAGCGGACACCGUUAGAGAACAGACGUCUCCCAUGACGCGUGUAGACAAGGCUGACAUUCUGGACCUCACAGUGCUACACCUUCAGCAGCUUCAACAACGCCACCGCUCAGUUUCCAUGGCAACCGAGUCGAUCGCCUACACAUCCGGGUUCCAAGCUUGUGCAAGGGAGAUAAUCACGUACCUUACCUCUCAGAAAUCUGCCGAUAUGAAGACGAUCAAAGCGCUGAGUGAUCAUCUACAAGCGACGCAGCCUGUUCCUCAAAGGAAGCCGCUGGUGGAGAAGCAGCGACGGGAGCGCAUGAACCACAGCAUCGACAAACUGAAGCGGCUAAUAGCGGACACCGUUAGAGAACAGACGUCUCCCAUGACGCGUGUAGACAAGGCUGACAUUCUGGACCUCACAGUGCUACACCUUCAGCAGCUUCAACAACGCCACCGCUCAGUUUCCAUGGCAACCGAGUCGAUCGCCUACACAUCCGGGUUCCAAGCUUGUGCAAGGGAGAUAAUCACGUACCUUACCUCUCAGAAAUCUGCCGAUAUGAAGACGAUCAAAGCGCUGAGUGAUCAUCUACAAGCGACGCAGCCUGUUCCUCAAAGGGUAGAGGUUGUGGCGAGCACCGGUAGGUUCAUUCGGUGGUGGUGCGGAUGUUUGGGAGUGGCCUAA